AUGGACGUGUUCUACCGGCAGUACAAUACUUAUCGUAUACUACUGAGUGCCUUAGGACUGUGGCCAUAUCACAAGUCGAUUUACUCAACGAUUCACAGAAUAUCGAUUUCUGUCAUUAUGAUCGCCUACAUCAUUUUCGAAGUAUUAUCGCUUUUUAAAUCUGGUAUUACAUUUCGAGGUUGCAUCAUAACGUUAUCUGCAACCUGUCCAAUUACGGUCAUUUUAGUGCGAUAUGUCACUUUCGUAGCAAUGUUCCCAGUGAAUAUAUAUCUUUUUGACAAUCUACGGAAGAUGGACACCAUACUGAAAGAUCAACUUGAAGUUCAGAUACUGAUGAAAUACGUCGAUUAUUCGACUUAUAUAUUCUCCAUAUUCCUAUGCGUAUGUUGCUCGUGGAUCUUAUUGGCAUCAUUGUAUGUUUUCACUCCGAUAACGUUGGAUCUGCUACUGCCUUUGAACGAAUCUCGAAAACGUUAUUUUUCCCUUUUAACAAUGUUUUCUCACGACCGCAUAGAGUAUGUCGAUAUGGUAUGCUCGAAUAUCCUAGUUGUUCAUUCCAUUGGAAUGUUGUCUCUGGCGGGUACGGAACUGUUCUUGGUCCUCUUUACCCACUACAUGUGUGGAUUGUUCGACAUAACUAGCUAUCGAUUGCGAAAAACAAUUGCGAGUCUGUCUUCGUCGAAGCAGAUCGACCCGAACUUCAAGGACUUCCGCUACGUCGUGGACAAUCAUAGAAAUACACUACAGUUGGUACAUUCGAAUAUAAUGAGUAAUCGAUGGUAGAUGUCAAAGCUGAUCUUACUUUUUUUUCCAUGCAAUUCCUGCCGACAUUUCUUGUGGAAUUCAUUCGCUGGAUAAAGUUUCAUCAAUUACAUAUUUUUUAAUUAUGCGAUACAUUAUCUUCUGCCAUCUGGUGUAGCCGUGUUAGUUAUUUCUUUGAGUUUG